GUACGGGCAUUUCCGGUGAGCUCGUGGUACCGUGGUUGCCCAGGAAAUGGAUGUCAUCGGCCGGGUGCGCGCGCUGUACAAGCGGAUUCUGCUCGUGCACCGGUUGCUGCCGCCCGAGCUGCGUGCUUUGGGUGACCGCUAUGUCCGGGAUGAAUUCAGGAGGAAUAGAGCGGUUGAAGUGCAGCAGGCCAACAGAUUCAUCGAGGAAUGGGAGGCAUAUGCAGAUAUACUACAGGCACAAGCUACAGAGUGUGUGAUGCAUCCAACGCAGAAGGCCAACUAUGGAGCUGACCUGACAGCAAAUAAACUAAAUGAUUUUAAUGGAGAACAGGUUGGACAGCUAUAUGAGCUGAUGCAAGAAGCCACAAAACCUAAUUUCCAAUUCAAUAAUCAAGAUGACCCUCAUCACAAGGAGUAAUUUUGUGACUACCACAAUAACAUUGGGAAACUGUGCCUGUUGUACCUGCUUUCUAUGUAUUUUGUCUCAUAGAAAUAAUAAGUCUGAAAAUUUGAAGUGUAAUUUUCUUGUAUCCAGCAAUGUUUGAUGUUGCUUUUACGAUGAUAAACUGAACAGACAAAUUGAUCUAUACAAUAUUUAAUAAAUGUACUUCAGAAAAAAAAUUCAACCUUUAGUAAUAAAUUUCUGAAUAUUGAACCAGUUCUUCUGUACAACUAUCAAUUAUAAAUCUAAUUUUAUGUAAAGAAAUAUUUCCAUGUAAAUAAAGAAAUUUUAUCAACAA